AUGUCUGAUUGCGCCUCAUCAGCUUCAUUCCGAGUAGGACCUCCUUCACCAUCGUCUCCCGCCUCCGGGUCCCUGAAAGAGGACCAUCCUCCAUACAUUUCGUCUGAAAAUAUCCCACAGACCCCGACAUCUCCUCCGUUGAUGUCGGUAAGCGCCCAGAACUAUGCCACCAACAUCACAUCCUCCCAACCUCCUAGCCAGGCGACCUCACAACCUGCAAACCUAUCAUCCCCUCCAUCCUCAGCUCCGAUGUCUACCCAGACCUCACAACAGCCAACCGUAGGUAUGGCAACUUCUUUUCCAACACCGGCUAGCAGCGUGAGUGGCCACUUCAUGGGUCCGACCUCCGGCGAAGAUUCAGAGCAAGCAGAGAAGGCGUUUGGCCACGCGCGAGCAGACACGGGGACAAAUUCAGGUACAGAUAUGAGCGCAGCAUCUACACAACAGUCAGAGCACAGACGGACGGACCAUGACCGGGAUUUGGCGACAUCAACCUCAGACAUAGGGAUCCGUGAUUUUGCAAACAUGGAUCAUCAAAUUGCGCGCAGCGAUACGGACGCCAUGGAUAUCGACAAGGAUACUGGCGCCUCUUCUAACCCUAACGGACUCAGCUUGGAGUCUCUGCAGCAGGAUUUCUCGUCCGCGUUCCAUCUUUGCAAAAGCUCCUAUGUUGCGACUGGCCCGGACCCGACACUAGAUCUCAUCUCACUGUACGGGUUAGGUCCGGUUGCGAAAUCGGUUGCACGACUGGAUCCGAACACGGGAGAGAAGAUCAACCGCCUCAGAAAGUCGUACGAAGGCAAAUUGAAGGGUCUAGGGUUGGCGGGUCGAAAUAAACCCGUGAAGCACGAGCCGAACAUGCCUGGCGGGCUUAGGCACUUGACCAUGUGGCCCGAGGAGGAGUGGUACAACCAGAAGGUUUACGGCAAGGAUAUCAAGGUCGCUGAUAUGGAAUCCGCCCUUCAGAACCUUCAGAUGAAGGCCAUGCAAAUGGAACCGGGUACGGUGCCCAACAAUGACUACUGGGAAGACGUGUUGGGUCACGAGAAGCCGUCGAAACAUGUCGGCCAUAGUGAUGGGAAGAAAGCCAGCGUGCCUCCAAACGGGCCUCGAGCAGUGAGCCAAUCGAAUGGAACACCCGUUCCAACGGAAUUGGAUCGUGCUCGCCCCAGUCGGGGUCGCAAGAGGCAUUAUGAUGACAGCAGUUUUGUCGGUUAUGGCGAAGGCUACGCUGAUGACGAUGACGACGGUGCAUUCUAUUCCAAUAGCGAAGGCAUUGGCAAGAAGAAACGAAAGAAGGAUCAUGUUUCGAAGGUCUCGACACCACUGCCCGACAGAGGCGGCAGCUAUGGCGUCGGCAUGUUUGGCAUUGGGGCGAGGUAA